AAAAAACCAGCCAUCUGACGGCGUGAAAUUAAUUCGCUUCCCGAAGUGUCAGCUCGAGACCAAAUUCAAAUUCCGUUUAUAUAACGAGUUUUUCUGUUAACCGCCCAUCACAGUCCGCUUCUUUCUUUUUUUUUUCCUUUUUUUUUUCUUUUUAUUUUCUCUAAAAGUACGUAGGGGAUUCUAGGAUCCUUCAAAACUGCUACCUGAAAAUGGCACCACUUAUUUCAAUAACCUGCAGCUAAUUAGUAGAACGUACAGCAGCACUGAAACCGAAGGACAGCUUUUGAAUUCCUUUGUCCAGUAUUUUGGUGACAGCCUUGGGAGGAAGAUUAAAAGAAUGCCUUUAAUUGAAGAAACUGUUCUGCCUGGAGACUCUCUGCUUACUCUGCCUGUAGUAAUAAUAGGAAAUGGACCUUCAGGAAUUUGUCUUUCUUAUCUGCUCUCUGGAUACAGGCCAUAUUUGUCUCCUGAAGCUAUACACCCAAACCCCAUUCUACAUACGAAAUUAGAAGAAGCUCGACAUCUUUCUAUUGUUGAUCAAGAUCUGGAGUACCUGUCUGAAGGCCUCGAAGGACGCUCCUCAAACCCGGUUGCAGUACUUUUUGAUACGUUGCUUCAUCCCGAUGCUGACUUUGGGUAUGACUACCCACCUGUUCUGCACUGGAAGCUGGAACAACAUAAUUAUAUUCCCCAUAUAGUGCUUGGUAAAGGACCACCUGGUGGGGCUUGGCAUUCUAUGGAAGGCUCUAUGCUAACCAUCAGUUUUGGAGACUGGAUGGAAUUGCCUGGCCUCAGCUUUAAGGAAUGGGCAGCUAGCAAACGCAGAAAUAUAAAGAGUGAUCGAGUAAUGCCAGAGGAAAUAGCUUGUUAUUAUAAACACUAUGUUAAAGUCAUGGGCCUCCAAAAGAAUUUCAGAGACAAUGUUUACAUAACAUCAGUGUCCAGACUUUACCGAGGAAAGGAUGAUGAAGGUAGAAGUCAACGAAAUGAAGAUAUUUCAACACAGCAUUUGGAAAUGGAAGAUGGACAGAAAUCACUUAUUAAGAGAAACUGGGAAGUCAGAGGUUAUCAGCAAGCAACAGAUGGUUCUCAUGUGCCCUUCUGCCUCUUUGCUGAGAAUGUGGCUCUUGCCACAGGAACCUUUGAUUCUCCUGGCCGAUUACAAGUUGAAGGAGAAGACUUUCCUUUUGUCCUCCAUUCCAUGUCUGACUUCGGAGCUGCAAUCAGCAAAGGAAAGUUACGUGGGAAGGCAGACCCUGUGUUAAUUGUGGGUGCUGGACUUACAGCAGCUGAUGCAGUACUCUGUGCCUAUAACAACAACAUCCCAGUAAUCCAUGUGUUUCGUAGAAGAGUUACUGAUACAAGCCUAAUUUUCAAACAGUUACCUAAAAAACUUUACCCUGAAUACCAUAAGGUCUAUCAUAUGAUGUGUACUCAGUCCCAUACUGUGGACUCUACUCAACAUUCUGCUUACACUAGUUUCCCUGAACACAACGUACUUUCCUUCAAGCCUGAAAUGAAAUGUGUUCUUCAGAGUGCCUCUGGACUGAAGAAAAUUUUGAAGUUUUCUGUAGCCUUAGUUCUGAUAGGUUCUCACCCAAAUCUUUUCUUUUUAAAGGACCAAGGACAUAGCAUAGGUCGUCACUCUAAUCAGCCCAUCACAUGCAAGGGGAAUCCUAUAGAGAUUGAUCCAUAUACUUAUGAAUGCACUAAAGAAGCCAACCUCUUUGCUCUAGGUCCUCUGGUGGGAGACAACUUUGUACGGUUUUUAAAAGGAGGUGCACUGGGCAUUGCACGAUGCUUGGCAAUAAGACAAAAGAAGAAACAUGAAUUGAUUGAAAGUGGGGAUGGAGGAGGUGAUGGGGUACCAUAAAUGAGACAUUAGAAAUCACAUCCAGGAUUACAGAUGUAGUCUAACAGAACAGUCACUGGCAGCGAAAGUUGAUAGCAGUCACAUUUCUGUCGUGUACAAGUAACCUGCGCUUGUAUUGCUUGGUAAAGGAUGCUGAUACUACAAUACUUCACCCUUUCAAAAUAGAAAAACUUGAUCUGCUAUUUCAACUUAUUUCAACUGGAAUUACUUCCAGAUAAACAGAAAAUGAGACUAGACUAACUUAUAUUGACCUGCCUGUCAUCUCCUGCUCAGCUACAAGAGCAGAUUUCCUUGGGAAAAGCAAUGCCUACCAGAGUGGCUUUAUAUUUUAGUGUCCAAUGUGACAAAAGCACUCUUUACUAUGAAAUUAAAGUAACUUCUAAAAGCAGAAAGCUUGCUUAGUACAAGGUGAUUCUUGGUCCCAAAGCAAAUUUGGAGCCUUCUGCUCAAAACAAGGAUUCUAUUUAUUUGCUACAGUAAUACUUGGAAUGAGCACUUAGUAAAAUGGUUUCUAUUGUAAGAACGCUUUCUGUAAGCAAGUAUUCCUCAAUAGUUUUAAGUUAUCCUGAUAAUUGGAAUAAAAGAAUAAGCAUUCCCAUUUAAUCUUUAACAAUGAUUUGACACAAUCCAUUAAUGUUUCUUCACACUAUGCCUAGAGUUGGUGAGUGCACAAAGACUACCAUGACAUGUUCCCCUACAGUGAUAUGUACAUUUCUGAGAAUACGCAUUAACAUAAACAAUAAUAAAGUACUGAUGUAAGUGCUCUUAUUACAGUGUCAAUAUAGUGAAUAUCUAGUGUACUAUCAAGAGUUAAGUACAUGAGAAAACUAAAGAUUUUUUUGCUUCCUAGCUCAGGAAGACUGAAGGGGAUCACUUGGCUGAUGAAGGUGGGCUGGGUGAUAGAUAUUCUCAUCUCCUGUUUGACCAAGGAUUGUUUUUUUCUUUUUUUUUAUAAAGCAGCACAUAAUUGUGAAAUAUUUUAUCCUGCAGUUUUUGAAACUUAAAAAAAGGUCAUUAUCUCACAGCCAGC